UAUCACGUCUGACGAGACGAUAGAUGGAUAAUAAACUAGUACGAGACGUACUGUGGAGUAGAGUACGCGACAAUGAAGUUUGACAAUAUCACUAUAGUGUUGGGAGAGUUCGGAAAGUACCAGCGGAUACUGUACGUAUGCGUGUGUGUCCCAAUAAUAUUUACAGCAAUACAGAUUCUCGCCUCUGUCUUCACCCUCGCUUUGCCGAAACAUAGAUGCACUAUCCCUUCAUUGGAAAAUGAUACAUACGAAGUUCAGGGCAUUUGGCAUGAUAUUUUGAUCAAUAAAUAUAUUCCUCGGAGCACUGACGGGUCACUUGCCUACGCCGCAUGCGCAAUUUAUUUGUCCCAUGCAAACACGUCCUACAACGAACAAGGCGUUCCUUUGAACUCUUCGACAGCGGAAUGUGACUCCUGGGUAUACGAAAAGGCAACUUUCAAAAGCACAUUCUUCACAAAGAUCAACCUGGUAUGCGGCGAGGACUUGGCACGUGCAAAUGCCAACAUGGCGCUGUUAGUUGGGCAUUUGGUUGGUGCGGUCAGCAUUGGUCUAGUGUCCGAUAUGUUUGGUCGGAAGAAGGCUCUGGUGGUUGCUAUAGUGUUUUUCAUCGUGGCGGCGUUCGGUACUGCGUUCGCUCGCACAUAUGAAGUGUUUGUAGGCUUUCGGUUCAUGCAGGGUGUCGCUAACCUGGGCAUGUACACGACACUGUUUGUUAUCGGUCUGGAGCUGGUCGGUCCCUCGUACAGAGUGGCUGCGGGUAUAAUCAUCAACUUCUUUUGGUGUUUCGGUCUCUACGCUCUCUGCCUCAUUGCAUUCCUUGUGCGAUCUUGGUACCCACUGCAACUCGCCCUAGCAUGUCCGUCAGUGAUACUCAUUCUACAUAUAUGGCUUUUACCAGAGUCUCCUCGAUGGUUGAUGUCGAAAGGACGCUUCCAGGAAGCCAAUCGAAUUCUACACAAGUGUGCCAAGGUCAACGGCGUCACCUUACCCGAUGAACUCCUAAGCAACGACAUCGAUGACAACACUAAUACCUCACAAAGCGUGCUGAAGAUGUUCACAGUGCCUCGAUUACUUUUAAGGACGCUGAUCAUUUACUUCAACUGGAUGGUCGUCAAUAUCGUAUACUACGGUCUGAGCCUCAACGUUGGCAAUCUUAGCGGGGACAUCUACGUUAACUUCACAAUUACCAGCACUAUGGAGUUGGGCGCCUACAUCAUGUGUCUUCUGCUUCUCAACAAGGUGGGCCGGAAGUCGCUGCAUGCCGGUACUAUGAUCCUCGGAGGGGUCUCAUGUCUUUGCACGAUCUUUUCUACUCUCUAUGCUCCGCCUGAGCAUGCAUGGAUCACCGUGGUGCUUGCAAACGUAGGCAAGUUCGGUAUCUCGGCUGCAUUCGCGAUCAUCUACGUCUGGUCGUCGGAACUGUUCCCGACCCUGGUUCGCCACUCGGGAAUAGGCUCGAGCUCCAUGGUCGGCAUUGUGGGGACCAUCCUGUCCCCUUAUACAAUGGAACUGGGCAAUCUUAUUCCUGGAAACUUCGGGAAGGCGCUUCCGCUUAUCAUAUUUGGUGGUCUCUCCGUAGCAGCCGGCAUGCUGUCUUUGCUACUUCCAGAAACAAAAGGGGCUGUUCUUCCGGAAUCAGUGAGGGACGCGGAGAAAUUUGGUAGACAAAGUCGCCUCAAGAGAGCGCUUACUUCAUAAAAACAAUAUAUGCUAUUGCCAUUUUCAAUAACAUUAUGAUAUAUAACAUGUAUAUCAACAUAUGGUUUAACAUUUUUAUCGAGGCCGAUAUACAAAUGUAUAAAUGUGUCACUCCAUAUUAUUGUAUGUUUUUAAUUUGUGUUUAGUUUUUUUUAUUUCUAUUGUACAACGCCUUUGAAUAUGUUUUAUAUGUAGAAAUAGGCGUUCAAUCAAAUGCUCGAGUUUCAAGUUUACACAUGUAAUUCGCGGAUUUGUUAGGAGGCGCGAUUAUACAUAAUCAUUUAAGGAUAUUAGCCCCCUAACGGUGUUUCGCCUUUGGAGAUAAUAUAUAAACUCUUCGUCGUUCCAACUGUUCGUCUAUCCGUAUGCAACACUGGAUCCUGUGAAUGCUCCACAAAUUCUUAAUAUAUUUAAGAUAUCACUUUGAUUACUUACAAAACUGCAUUAUGGGCACGAUGCCUGACCUUUUAUUAUCUACCAAAGGUUAAUGGUCAGGUCACUGUUAAUAAAAAUAGAACACAACGCCCCUUGGUGCAAGAAGGUACCAUGUGACAUUGAAAUAAGAAGGCACAUGGUACCUUUUGGCAUUAAUGGGGCGAUAACUUAUUAGUUAUAAAACCCAAAAAGCACACGCGAUAUUAUCAAUAAACUAUAUAUACUCACUAAUUAUACGUAUAACCUUUCUUUGUCAAUCCUUAUUUUCGCCCGUCCGUCUAUAAAUCCGUCUUCAAGAAGAUUAGAAUAGUAGAAAAAAUUAUGUCCAAUUUAGGUCAACGCCAAGGGCAAAGUGAUAUGUGUGGAUAGGGAAUAGUUAUAAUUCAUAUUUAAGAGAUUAUAAGUAUGAAAUAAUUGUAGAAAAGGGUGUAAGUGCUGCACAAAACGGAAAAUCGACUUAACCAGGUAAAAAACCUUUCAAGUUAUUAUAUGCCCAAAUAAGUUCAAGUAUAUAUGUUAUGGUUGAAUGGACAAUAAUUAAAAGAAAAACAAGAUGUGUUUGUGAAACACUAUAUCCCCCCCCCAUAUAUUUGACCUUUGACCUCGAAGGAUGACCUUGACCUUUCACUACUCAAAAUGUGCAGCUCUAUGAGAUACACAUGCAUGCCAAAUAUCAAGUUGCUAUCUUCAAUAUUGCAAAAGUGUUUAUUAAAUGAGCGAUUUUGACCCAUAUAUUUGACCUUUGACCUUAAAGGAUGACCUUGACCUUUCACCACUCAAAAUGUGCAGCUCCGUGAGAUAUACAUGCAUGCCAAAUAUGAAGUUCCUAUCUUCAAUAUUGCAAAAGCUAUGGCAAAUGUUAAAGUUUGACGCAAACCAACAAACAAACAAACCAACAGAAAGAGAAAAAAACAAUAUGUCUCCCAUAACUUGCAAGACGUGUUGGUGUCGAACGAAGCGGUACCAUCAACUUAACCUUUCGCUGACAACAGGGCAAUCAUUAAAUUAUAUCAAGUCCUUAUCCUACAGGCUUUAGUUAUGAACAUGCAUACACAGUUAUGUUUACCUUGAGACUAGACCAAAAGCAUGUACCAGAA